GGUUAGUAUAUAAUUAUGUUUUCAGGGUGCUGUGAGGACACGGUGACUGUGAGGGAGCCCCCCGCGCGCCCCGGGCCCCCCGCCAACAGGAUCGUCAGGGGACACCCCACCACCGUCAAGACAUACCCUUACAUGGCGUAUUUAAGUUCAUUUUAUACGAUGCGUGGUCAGAAGCGGCUGCUGGGUAACUUUGGGGGCGUGAUACUCACACAGCACCACGUGCUCACCGCUGCGCACUGCUUAAUUGUAAAAAUCAAUGACACUACAGCUGCUACUGGCACUAGCAUCUUGAGGGCAUAUGAAGUUGUCAUUCGCGUCGGAUCCACCUACAAUGACCGCGGAGGCUCAGAGCAUGUGACGUCCAAGAUCGUGGUUCACGAGAGCUAUACCUUCCCUUAUAACGACGUGGCAGUGUUGGUGCUGUCGGACAGUAUAAGCAACUACCGGAGCAGCUCGGUGCAGCCAGCCGCCAUCCCCCCGGGGGGGUAUGUGGUCCCGGACAACGCGUCUGUGGUAGCUGUCGGGUGGGGAAUGACUGAUAUAAACUGCAACAAGUCAUUCCCCCUCGGGCUGCGGCACGUGGGGCUGCGCACGGUGGACCGAGACACCUGCGCCGCGCGGUGGGGGCGGGAGGUCCCAGAACUCGUCGACUCCAUGCUCUGCGCGGGGCUGCUUGGUGUUGGAGGAGCCGGGGCUUGCAUGGGUGACUCAGGUGGUCCUUUGGUGUACAACGGGGUGGUGGUUGGGGUGACCUCAUUUGGGUUUGCCUCAUGCGGCGAUUCCUUCUACCCUCAUGUAUCUACGCGUGUCUCUAGCUACACCGACUGGAUCAACAACACUGUAAGUCAAUACCAGGUUGUGGCUGUGCACAAGAACAGUCACAACACCGCCGUGGCAGCUGACGUCACCAGUCUGAUGCUACUCGCCUUCGCAACGUCAAUUUGGAUAUUGUUUUCCGAAAUCUGAUUAUUUUUUAAGUAAGAUGAUAGUUUAAGUGUUAAAAAGAGGAUGGGCGUUUUGGGACCUACGUCCAAUAAAGAUGAGUCACACAUCGUUGGAUAGCUCUUUUCAAGUUAGCAAAAAAAUAUUUUGACGUCAAAUCCGUAUUUAUAAGUUGUCCAUUUUGAAAUAAAUUCGUCGGAAGCAAGUAUUUUUCAUAGACAUUGCACUCUCUCUCCUGAUGACAGUUAGGGCGUAAUACACGUGAACACGUAUUUUUAAAAUGGGAGAUAUUACUUUCAACAAGUUUUGUUUACUGAUAUCAUAAAAUAUAAUAAUAUUAAAAUGAAUGAUGAU